GCGGCUUGGCACACCUGGGCAGCCUGUGGUACGGCCAGCGCUGUACCUGCCAGGUCGAGCUGGGAGACGGGUUCUCGGUGGACCGUGAGCUGCUGCGCUUGCUGGAGGGGCAGCUGCAGAGGUGCGGGCCCGCCAACCUCACGGUGCCGGCGCCGUGCCCGCCCCCAGAGUGCUCGGGCUAUCCUGGGCUGGUGGUCUUCCUGGUGGCGGUGCUGGCUUUCCUGGCAGGGUUCGCCGCUGCUGCCUCCUGUGGCUGGUGGUGCUCGAGGCGCCCGGAGGGCUCCUGGGUGGUGACCACCCCCGAGAGAGACAUGUACCUCGAGGACCUCCUGGAGGGCGUCGAGAGCCUCGUGUUGCUGGGUCCCACGGGAGGCCUGCCGAUCGGCUGGAACCGUGGGCCCACGCACCUGUUCAGGAACUCGUCCCAGGGCCCGCUGUACCGCGAGGAGAGCCUGCGGCUCCAGGCGGACGGCGCGGAGCUGGCCUUGCAGGAGAGGCGCGACUUGGGCCUAGCCGCUUCUCCGCCGCCGCCGCCGCCCACGGGCGCGCAUCCGCCGCUGGCGCUGGAGGGCGUGCCGAGCUCAGGCGAAAGAGGAUGGCGGUACUCGGAGAACCGCGGUGGUGCUAGGCUGGGCGAGCGCGUCGGCGACGCGGAGCUGGAGGCAGGCUGCCAUCGAGGAGAUCGUGGAGUGGCCCUGGUGGGCGACGUCUUCGUGGCCUGCGCUUUCUUCAGGCCGGGCCAACAGAUGCCUACGCCUAGGGAAGUGGGGGCGGCGGAGCCUGUGUCCAACGAGCUACGCACCCGCCCGGUGAAGUACGAGACGGCCAGCCAGCGGCAUCGCUCCUACAAGGAGGCUGCAUCGCUGACCACGACGACGGCGUUCGAGGACUGGCCGAUCAGCGGCCCGAGGACGGCGGAGUGGCUGGCGCGGGAGAUCGCCCGGCAGGAGCUCACGCUCGUGCGCCGCCGCUUCUGGUGGAGACAGCUGCUGGGCUUGGGCCCCAGCGAUUGGGGCGUCGGGGAGCACGAGUCCUUGAGCCGGCUCUUCGAGUACGCUCUGACGUACGACCAGAGGAUGGCGGGCCGCCUCGGUGUUGCAGGUGAAGGCCUAGACUGGGCUCGGGACUUGCUGCCGCUGCCAUCUGGGCGCUGCCUGGCUGAUCUCCUGGAGGGGCUCUCGCCAGCUGGCCUGGGUGCGUCGCGCUGUGCGGAUCGGCGGCGCUCGCGCCGACGAGCUGCUGUGGCGUGGCUGCAGGGCGGCAUCUCGACGCUCAACGUGCUGGGCGGCCGCGGUGAGGCUGUCCAGCUGCCAGGUGCUAUCCAGCGCCAGGCUGUGGCCAGCUUGGCCCGGGCCUACUUUGCCGUGCCGCCGCCGCCCGACGACCUCACCGCCUCGGGAGCGUGGUCUGCGCUUCGGGGCUGCGGUUCCGGCUACGCCGUUGCAGGUGUUGUCGCCGGAGAGUUCGCGACCUACCAGCGUGGCAGGCUUGCCUUGCCAGCGGUCGGUAACCAGGCGAUCGACCUCGUCAGUUGCCUGCCCGACCACUACCAGAAGUUGCUGGAGGAUAGUGGCCGCGCUAUUCGGCUACCAGCAGUGUGUACAAAGGACGUGGCGGCAGGGGUGGACGAGUUGGGCCCUGCGAUGGAUCCCAUCCUGGCGAGGUCGCCCAGCAAGUACGCCGAGUUUUUGAUGUCUGCAUAUGAAUCGGGUGUCGUCGAGCCGGCGACUGAGGUUCGCAGUUUUGCGGGAGUCUUCUUUGUGCGUAAGAAGGACGGCUCGUUGCGGAGCAUCUUCGAUCCUCGAAAGACGAAUUCGCAGUUUGUACCUCCAGAUAGUGUGGCUCUGGCUUCUCCUGAGGCCCUGGGUGAUCUUGAGUUGCCUGCAGGCCAGCGGUUGUGGGUCAGUGAGGGCGAUGUUGAGAACUGCUACUGCCAGUUCUUGCUUCCCGACGACCUGAGGGCCGACUUCGUGUUACCUGCGGUGCCUCGGAAGCUGUUGCCGCGGAGCCUGCGCCGCUUGUUUCCGCCCGAGGACGACUUCGUUCACUUCCAGGUGCGAGUGGUGCCGAUGGGCUGGAGCUGGGCCGUGGCGCUGGUGCAGGCAGCGAACGCGGAGCUGCUGCGGGCAGCUGAGGGACGCGGUCUGACUACUCACGACAUCUCGGGGCCGCAUGUUGACGUGGACCUGCUCGGGUUCCACGUCGACGGGGUGAAGGGGGCGAUCCACAUCGCGCCCAAGCGGUUCUGGAGGCUAGUCAUGAGUCUGGACUACAUCCUGAAGCACCCCCUCCUGGCGGGGGCCGAGCUAGAGCGGCUGAUCGGGCACUUGACGUACGUGCUACUGCUACGACGCGAAGUGCUCAGCUUGCUCAGUGCGUCCUACGUCUUUGUCAGCAAGUGCUACGCUCGUCGCGUGCGGCUCUGGCCUUCGGUGCGCCGAGAGCUGACCUGGAUGCGAGCGCUGCUGCCGCUGGUGUGGGCGGGCCUGCGCGGCGCCUGGGUCCCCAGCGUGAUGGCCGUGGACGCCUCGAUGACUGGCUUGGGCGCGGUGGAGCGCUCCGCGGGCCCCCAUGUCGUCGGGCGCAUCGGCCGAGUUAGAGAGCGCUGGAGGUGCAAGGAGCACGAGCUGGUGGCCGAAGGCCGCCUCGUGGAGGACCGUGGCCUCGAGACGGUGGCGCCAUCGUGCCUCGUCCACCUUCUGGAGGGCGAGGCGCUGCUGUGGGCCAUGCGGCGGCAGGACACUUCACAGCUCUUCAGCUCGCAUCGUCUUGUCGUGUGUCAGUGCGAUGGGUUCCUUCAGAGUGGAACCCCGCCGACGGUCCUUCAAGGCGGUUCGAGCCUCGCCGUUUGCGGGGCGAUGGAGCGCCGUCGGCUCGUGGCGGCCGCACCGAGUGCGCAGCCGCUGCCUGCGCCGAGUGCGCCGGCGAGCGGCCAUGGGCGAAAGCGCCUCCUGGGCUCGCCGGGCCGUGCGCGCUCGCGUCAGGCGAGGGCCAGUGCCAGACGCCCCCGGCCCGCUGCCGGGGCCCGGAGGUCGACAGCCUUGCCGUGGCACCGCCUCCUGGGCUCGAGCGUUUCAGGACUGGAGCUGGAGGCGGUGAGGCCCUCUACCCAGCAGAACUACCUGAAGUGCCUCAGUGGCCUCUGCAACUGGCUCGGAUUGGAAACGCUUCCCAGCUGGAGCGCGCUGGAGUGGGACGACGCACUGCUGCAGUACCUGAACGACGAGUUCGCGCAGGGAGUGCGCCCGAACAGGGCUGCGAAGCUGUUGUCGGCGGUGCUCUGGGCGCGACCUGCGCUGGGGCGGCCCCUGCGGGUGGUGCUGCCGAGGAGCAGCCGGGCGCUGCUGGGCUGGGGGCGCAAGCGGCCCGGCCACUCUCGGCCGCCGCUCCCUUGGCUGGUGCUCUGCGGCGUGCUGGAGAUUCUGCUGCUGAAGCGAGAGGUGGCGAUGGCGUGUGCUCUCUGCCUCAUGUUCCACUGCUACCUUCGGCCCGGGGAGCUGCUGGUGCCCAGCAAGACUGGCGAGCUGGACGACUCGCUGCCGCUGGGCGCGCCCGAGCUCCAGUGGCUUACGCCCGCGCUCAGGGAUCUGAAGGCGCGGCUGGAGCCCCGCGAGCCGCUGUGGAAUUUCGGCUACGCGCAGCUGCGCGAGGAGCUCGAGGGCGCGCUGGCGGUGCUGGGACUUCAAAGCCUCGGUGCCACGCUGUACUGCCCGCGGUGCGAGAAGCUCGGCCGCCUGGCGCUGCAAGUGGCGAAGGUGCCGCCCGUGGUGCAGGAGCGGCUGCGACUCAGCAUGCAGAGGCUGCCGCAGCUGUUCGCCAACUGCUCAACGCGACGCUCCACAGAGUGCGCCUGGGGCGGGAUAGG